GGACCGUGGUGCCAGGCCCGGGCCCGCCGCCUGGCGCAGCUCCUUGCCGGGCCCGAGGGGCGGCUGCCAUGGGCAAGCGGGUGGCGCUGGUGCUCGCCGGCUGCGGCGUCUUCGAUGGCAGCGAGAUUCACGAGGCCUCGGCGGCGCUGGUGCACCUGAGCCGCGGCGGCGCGGAGGUGAAGAUAUUUGCCCCCAAUAUUGAGCAAAGGGAUGUAGUCAAUCACCUAAAAGGAAGUCCAGCAGAAGAGAAGAGAAAUGUGUUAGUUGAAAGUGCCAGGUUGGCAAGGGGAAACAUUCAGGAUUUGGCUGAACUGAAAGCUAGUGAAUUUGAUGCUGUCAUUUUCCCUGGUGGUUUUGGUGUAGCAAAGAAUCUGUGUUCCUGGGCUGUAGAUGGCAAGAACUGUACUGUCAACGAGCACGUGAGCUCCACACUCCAGGCCUUCCACAGUGCUAAAAAGCCCAUUGGUUUGUGCUGCAUAUCACCAGUUCUGGCAGCCAAAGUCUUUCCUGGCUGUGAGGUUACAGUUGGUCAGGAUAAAAAUGUUGAUGGAAGAUUUCCCGAUGCUGAAACGGCAUCUGCUAUAGCAGAGCUUGGAUGUAAGCACAUUUGCAAAAAUGUAAAUGAAUCCCAUGUGGAUAAAGCCAAUAAAAUAGUUACUACCUGUGCUUUCAUGUGCAAAGCUCCUCUGCAUGAAAUCUUUGACGGAAUUGGAACAAUGGUACAAGAAGUCCUGAAGCUUGCCUGACUAGGAGUGUACAGACUUCUCCAAGGAAAUCAGUGUAGCUAAGCAUAAACAUUUAGCUUCCUUAGAUUGAAUUAAUAAAAUAAUGCAACUGCUAAACUUCA